GUGUAUGUGAUUUUUGCAGCCUUUAGUGUUACAAAACAUACACAUUCAGGCCCUCUCGCACGCUAUUUGUGUUCCACCGGUCAGGAUGAGUUGCCACGUGGCGAUCCUGCUCGGCCUGUCGCUGCUGUGCCGCGUCUCACUGGCUGUUCUCAUGGACAAACUGGCGGACAACAAGAUGUGCGGAGACAGAGAAUGCUCACAUGUUCUUUCCGUGGCCACAGUUCUGAAUGACUUUACAGCUCCUGACUGCAGAUUCAUUAACCUCAGGAAGGGUCAGAUGGUUUUUGUGUAUUUUAAACUCAUUCCAGGGGAGGGCGCUGGAGUCUUCUGGUCUGGAAGUGUUUACAGUGAGCGGUAUGUGGACCAGAUGGGCAUUAUUGGAUACUUUCCUGCAACUGCAGUCAAGGAGAUGAGGACAUUUACAAAAGUCACAGUGACAGUUCCCACAACUGUCAUGGACUUCUACUGUGACUAAGACACAGCAUGCUUCCAUUUUAUCUUAAGUGUUUGCUUAUUGUAGUGAAAUAUUAAAAAGGAUA